GUCGAGGCGGCGGCACGAGCAAGUGAGCUGCAGGGAGAGAGAGAGAGAGAGAGAGCGGAGAUUAAACUCAGUCUGCAGGACUGUGUGAUGGGAGGGGGCGUCGCCAUGGCUGCUCCAGUGGUGCUCCUGUCGAUCCUCUCCUCUUUGCUGUUAUCAGCUGAUGCAAUCAAGCCCAGGUUCUUUGAGCCCAGAAUCUUUGACAAGGAGGCCACAGGUUUUGGGCCCAUAUUCGAGGAGGAGCCUCUUGACACAGUGUACGCCGAGGAUUCACCUGAAGCCAAAAUUUCCAUGAACUGCAGAGUUCGCGCCAAUCCACCAGCCACUAUCAAGUGGUGGCAUAACAACUGGGAGAUUAAACUGAUGGAGCAGCCAGAUGAGCACUACAGUUUAGUGGGUGGAAACCUGGUCAUCACGAACCCAGAAAAGAGCAAGCAUGCUGGGAAAUAUGUGUGUGUGGCCAAGAACGUUUAUGGCACUACCAUCAGCAAAGAGGCUACUGUCAAAUUUGGGUAUCUGGACCAGUUUCCCACUGAUGAGAGAGAGGCUGUGUAUGUUAAAGAAGGACAGGGGGCCGUCCUCUUGUGUGCUCCACCCUCUCGCUAUCCAGCUGAGGUGAUGUACCGAUGGAUCUAUAAUGAUUUCCCCAAUUUCAUUAUCCCUGAUCAGAGACGCUUUGUGUCUCAGAGCACUGGAAAUCUCUAUAUUGCUAAAGUGGAGGCUUCUGAUGUCGGCAACUACUCCUGCUUCGUGUCCAGCCCCACCAUCGGCAAGAGUGUCUUCAGCACCCCUAUCCCUUUAGUGCCACAGACGGAGAAGGAGGUGAAGCGAUAUCCUGCAGACAUCCGGGUCAGAUUUCCGAAGACGUACGCUUUGGUGGGGCAAAACGUGACACUCGAGUGCUUUGCCUUGGGAAAUCCUCUCCCACACAUCCGCUGGAGGAAACUGGAUGCCGACCUGCCGCCCAACUAUGAGGUGAGCAUGAAUGGGGCGCUGCUGCACCUCAUCAACGUGCAGUACGAGGACGAGGGCAGCUACGAGUGUGAGGCCCUCAACGUCAGAGGCAUGGACUGGUACCGGCAGUGGCUCUACGUGGAGGGUGCUCCAGAGUGGGCGGAGCAUAUUAACGACACUGAGAAAGAUGUUGGCAGUGAGCUUACUCUGUCCUGCACUGCUGUGGGAAAGCCACUACCAUGGAUACGCUGGUUGAAGGAUGGCUACUCUUAUGGCAAAGGAGAGCUGAAGUUCUCCAGUCUCACGUUUGAAGAUUCAGGCAUGUAUCAGUGCAUUGCUGAGAACACCUGGGGAACCAUCUAUGCCAAUGCAGAGCUCCGGGUGGUCUCUUGUGCUCCCACAUUCAUAUACAACCCAGUGAAGAAGACUCUGUUGGGUGCUGAAAAUGGCCGUGUGGUUAUCGAGUGUAAACCCAGAGCGGCUCCGAAGCCCAGGUUUAUCUGGAAACGUGGCUCUGAACUGCUCUCCAACUCCUCCCGUAUGUUUAUCUGGGAUGAUGGGAGUCUUGAGAUACUGAACGCGACAAAGAGUGAUGAGGGCUCGUAUACGUGUUAUGCUGAGAAUGACCGUGGCAAGGCCAACAGCACAGGCACCCUCAGCAUCACCGAGGCUACUAAGAUCACAGUACCCCCCUCGGAUGUGGAGGUAAUAGUGGGAGAGACUACUGUCCUUCAGUGCUCUGCCUCAUAUGACUCCAGCCUAGACAUCACCUUCAUCUGGACAGUGGACUCUUACAUCAUCAACUUUGCCACCGACUUUGAACACUAUGAGCAGAUGAUGGGUCGGGAGAACAGCGGAGACCUGCUGAUUAAAAACAUUCAGAUCAGUCAUGCAGGGGAGUAUAUCUGCACAGCACAGACCAUCGUUGACAAUGCUACUGCAUCCGCUAACGUUUUUGUCCAAGGUCGGCCAGGUCCUCCAGGCGGCGUGCGAGUGGAAGAAAUCAGAGACACAUCAGUGAAGCUUGUAUGGAGUUUGGGCUCAGACCAUGGCAGCCCCCUCACUCAACAUGUUGUACAGACUCGAGACUUCUAUGCUCUUGAUCCUGAGGACUGGAAGACUGCAGUCACCUCUCCUGUUUUCUUGGAUGGAAAAACUGAGACGGCAGAGGUGGUUGAUCUGUAUCCCUGGAUGGAAUAUGAAUUUCGUGUGUAUGCCGUCAAUGAGCUGGGAGCAGGAGAGAGCAGCCUGCCCUCAAUUAAAAUCAAAACCUGGGAUGCUAUUCCUACCAUGUCUCCCACUGAUGUCGAUGGCUAUGUGGGCCUGAAUGGGGAGCUCAUCGUCACCUGGACUCCCAUGAAACCUCAGUACUUCUUUGGUAAAAAGUUUGGCUAUGUAGUGGCGUUUAAGCCCCAUGAGGACUUUGACUGGAAGUGGUCAACUGUAGCAGAUCCGGAGGCCAGACGCUUUGUUUACAAGGACACCAUCAUCCCCAACACUGAGAUCCAGGUCAAAGUGAAAGGCUACAACAGCAAAGGAGAGGGGCCAUACAGCUUGACCAAAGUAGUGUACUCAUCUGAAAGCGCGCCCACUGAAGCACCGCUGGACGUGUAUGCCCGUCAGGUCACCUCUACAGAGGCUCUUGUGUGGUGGCUGCCUGUCUACCAGGUUCCUCCUCACUGGGUGGAUGGCUACCAGAUUCGCUACUGGAGGAAGUAUGAUGACAACGAAGCGGCUGCCUCUCGUGUUCUGGUGCACAGUUCGGUUAACCAGACUCGCCUGGAGAACAUGCGGCCGGACUCACACUACCUUAUAGAGGUACGGGCCUACAAUGGAGCCGGACUCGGGCCACCCAGUGAGCACUGUGAGAUGUUCACCAGGAGACCACCUCCAAAUCGUCGUCUGAGGGUGUACAAGUAUGUCAGCUUUACACGCAAAUGGCUCUAUAUCUACUGGGAUCACAUCUACAAUUACUGGAAUGAGUCUUAUGUAGAGGGUUACAAGAUCUUGUUUAGGAAGGAAGGGGAGCGCUAUGGGAAACUGUACACCACCGGCAGGCACUACAUUGACUUCCCUAUGCCUGAGACAGGCGAUUACGUGAUUGAAAUAAGGGCUCGCUGUGAGGGAGGAGAUGGCCCUAUAUCACAGAUACGUGUGCAAGGUCGAGCUGCACUUGGCUCUCAAUCUCUUGGUGCUGUCUCACUCCUGCUGCUGGUGCUUGCCUGGAUGAACCUUGGUCUGUAGGGAGAUCCUGCUUUACCUGGGUCAGAUGGACUAUACAACCCUGUUUCCAAAAAAGAUGUAAAUAAAAACAGAAUGCAAAGAUGUGCUAAUCACUUAAACUCUAUAUUAAUUGAAAAUUGUACAAAGUCAACAUGUCAGAUGUUGAAGCUGAGAAAUGUUAUUCUUUUUUGGAAAAUAUAUGCUCAUUUUGAGUUUGAUGCCAGCAACAUGUUAAAAAAAGUUGGAACAAGGGCAACAAAAGACUGGUAAAGUUGUGUCAUGCUAAAAAAACACCUGGGGCAACAUCUCACAACUAAUUAGGUUAAUAAGCAACAGUUCAGUAACAUCACUAAGUAUAAAAAUCUACUGAGAUCUGAAAGAUCUACCGAGUCUUUCAGAAGUAAAGAUGGGAAGGGGUUCACCACUCUGUAAAAAACUGCACAGGGCAAACAGUAAAAUAAUUUAAUAAUUUCAUUUAAAGUUUCAGUUUCAAAGUUUUAUUUGUUACAUACAUAGUCAUACACGGUACAACUAGCAGUGAAAUGCUUGGAUAACUGCCUGCUCACAUGAAGCAAUAAGGUAAUAAGAAUAAGAUUGUAGAAAAUAUAUAACAAAAUAUCCAUCAAUGAAAUAUACACUAUAAUUUGGAGAUUUCAUCAUCAAUUUGUACAGUACAUUAUACCAUUACAAGAUUUAGAGAAUCCAGAGAAAUCUCUUUAUGCAGGGAACAAGGCCAAAAACCCAUAUUGGCUGGCCAUGAUCUUUGGGCUUUCCGACGGCACUGCAUUAAAAGCAGGCACGAUUCUGUAGUGGAAAUCACUGUAUGGGCUCAGGAACACUUCCAAAUAACACUGUCUGUGAACAUGAAAACAUUUUGUUGCUGCAUCCACAAAUUCAAGUUAAAGCCACCAUUAAUGCUGACUGAUAUAAACAGGCUUUCGAGCAACAUAUGCUGCCGUCCAGAGGACGUCUUUUUCAGGGAAGCCCAUGCUUAUUUCAGCAAGACAAAUUCCAAACCACAUUCUCCAUGUAUUACAACAGCAUAGCUCCAUAGGUCCGGGUUCUAAACUGUGUAGAGUCCAGAUGUGUGACCCAUUGAGAACAUUUGGCAAAUAUGACUUUGUACUAUUUUCAGUUAAAUAUAGGGUUCAAUUGAUUUGAACAUCAUUGCAUUCUGCUUUUAUUUACAUUUUGUACAGCGUCCCAACUUUUUUGGAAACAGGGGUUGUAGAAUAAAAACAACCACCACCAUCCCAACUGUUUCUUGAUUUGCCUUAUGAAAUGUCCUCAAUCAUUCAAGUCAUAAAUUAUAGGCAUACUAUUACCACUGGAGCGAGAGAUGAAUUCAUAUAUGAUCAACAUGAAAACAUAUAACAUGGAACAUUUAUAAUAAUUGUAUUUUGUUGUGAAAUGUAUUUUUUAAAACCCCUUUUCAUGUAUUUAUUUUCAAUCUGUUUCUUUUGUUGGUGCGAGACUGACAACAUACGGUUAUAAAAGGAUGCUUUUUUCAUUUUUAAUGUUUUAGCUCUGUAAAAAGCCAAAUAAUUUGCGUUUUUUAUGGUUUGGAUUGGAGUGUAUGAACCCAGGUUUGAUAAUUGCACAGAGUAAAAGACCUGCAUUUAGUCACUGGCUCUAGUUCUGUUACCUUCACUUCAUAUGAACAAGAAAGCAUUGUUUUUGGUUGCUUAUGCUGCAAAGUUGGCUGUACAUUAGAGAGUACUCUAAUCAUGACUGUAAAAUCAUCUCGACAUCGCGGUUGCUUAUGUGCAGCACUAGUUUUUGAAGUUUUUCACCCCACACAUGCAAAUGACUCACAGCUAUGUGAUGUAUGGAAAUCCAGCAGCACAAUCUGUAUAAAGCUCUGUCCUCAUUAAAGUUUGUAUUUAGGAUGAAAGAA